UGAAACUGUUACCAGCUUCGACGUUGCGGAGCAGUAGCCACCAGAGUCUGUCCAUUGUUCGGAGUGAAAACUUUCCCUGAAAUCAGAGCCCUGUUAGAGGCGGAAACCCAACUCCCCUGUCCUGCGUCCGCCUGGGUUUUGGUUGGACCAGUUUGACGCCUCUUGAAGGGGAAGUGAAGGACUGAGCUGUGCAUGUUUGAAAAACUCGUUUGUGUUGUCGCUACCCAGUGUGUUUGUGUCACUACGUUUCUCUGUUUGGACACCGAGCAUGAACAUGUUCAAAAGGGAAAAGGGCCCCGCUGUUCCCGUUCCAGCGGUCCCACCUAGACCCAGCAAGGAGGAGCUAGAUAAUCCCAUCACACACAGCAUAAACAGACAGGAUGCAGUUGUGACGUCAGCCUCACAGGAGAACGUCGCCGAGAUCACAAAUGAGCUUAACCCAAAGACCAAGCAGAGGACGGGCGUGAUGGGAGUUAUGCAGAAGGUCAACCCAUUCAAGUCUGCUUCACAGGCCUCCUCAACGGUUGGCAAGGCUCCCUCCUCGGAAUCGCUGGAACAGACGACCGACUCCUCACAGAACCCUGGUAAGCUGAAAGGGGUCAUACAGAAGGUCAACCCAUUCAAGUCUACCUCACAGGUCUCUAAAGCUCCAUCUUCAGAGUCACUGGAACAGGGAAGCAUUACAGACUCUUCACAGAACCCUGGUAUGCUGAGAGGAGUGAUGCAGAAAGUCAACCCCUUCAAGUCUUCUCCACAGGUGCCAAAAAGCGACCCUCAAGAUGAUUCUUCAAAUCCAAAAGAGACUGGAAAAGAACUUCAGGAGAAACAGAAUCCAGGAGUUCUCUCAGGAAUGAUUCAGAAAGUCAACCCAUUCAAAUCCUCACAGCCAAAGGAUGCCCAGCCUCUGCACAAUGACCUAUCCUCAAGCAGCGGAAGCUUAUCAGACAAUAACAACGUGCCAGAAAAGCAGAACCCUGGGAUGUUAAAAGGGAUGAUGCAGAAAGUAAACCCCUUUAAAUCUCACACACAGGUGGCCAACGAUGAAUGUCAGACGGAUUCUGUGGCCCCUUCUAUAGUUCCUGCUGUCAAGCAAAACCCAUCUAUUCACAGUGAAAACUCCUCCAGCUCUGAAAGCUUGGAUGACAGCACAAUCGAGAGACAUUCUGUUUGGUAUACAGACGCUGACCCUAGCUGUGAAGUGAAAGCCGAGCCAUCAGAGGCCCCAAAGAAAAAGACUUUCAUAAUAAAGAGGAUCCUUCCCAAGGCGUUGUUUGGGUCUGGAGCAAAGGAGGCUACAAGUGCAUCCACCGGCACUGCAGCUCCACCAGAGGAGGUUGUUGAAGUUCAGACGCUGCAAUUGGCUGAAGUCCCAGUGCCCAGUGAAGGAACAGUUGAAGACCCUCUAGAUGAUGAAGAAGGCCUUUUGGCAUGGUGGAGGAACGUUGAGGGAUGGGACGAGUGGAACGAGGCCAACCAGAAUGACGACGCUGAAGAAGUGGUGGAACAAGCAGCCGAUCGUGUCUUCAUGGCAGCCCGUCUUUUUGUCCGCUUUUUCAACCAGCGCGGUGCCUCCCUCCAGCAGCGUAUCCUGGAGCUGCUCGCCUUGGCCGAUUCGGCGGACAGUUUUCACAAGAAAACCGUCACCGCUAGCGUCGGCGGUGGAGUAGCCAGCGUUGCGGGGUCAGUCACCACCAUCACCGGCCUCAUUCUGGCCCCCUUCACGGCGGGAACGUCGCUCAUCGUCACAGCUGUAGGCAUCGGCAUAGCUACAGCGGGUGGCGUGACGUCUGCUUCGGCCAACAUCACUGACACGGUCCAUUCAAAUACGGACCGCAAGAAGGUUGAGAAGAUGAUUCAAGAUUACCAGGAGGAGAUUAAGGACAUUAAGGACUGUCUGCAGUUCUUACAGGACGGGAUGGAAGCACUCCAGGAGUGGAACUUUGAGAAGUACGCUGAAAGCAUCUCAAAGAAGUACCUAAACCAGAAUGUCAAACACGUAAUGAAGGAGGGCGGCCGAGCUGGCAAGGCUUUAGUGAUCAACACAGAGAGCCUGAUUAGUACCGUUCAGGUCCUCGGUGUUGCCGGUGGUGCUGCCAAAGCAGCCCAGGUGAUGAGCGUCACUACCGGAGUCAUGUCGGGUCUCUUCCUGGCUCUUGACGUAUUUUUCCUAGCAAAGGAUUCCAUGGAGCUGAGAAAGGGAGCCAAGACAGAGUUUGCUGUUAAGAUCAGAGAGGUUUGUAAGGACCUUCAGGACGGACUGCUGGAGCUGAACAACAUUAAAGAGCAGCUGCAGAAAACUAUGGAUGGGAUAGAGGUGGAGGUAGAGGAGGAAGAAGACGAAGAGCUGCUAAAAUCUGAUCUCAAAAAACUUGUUGAGCUAGAAGAAUAAAGGACAACUGUUAGGGAAACAAAGCCUCUGUGUGUUAAUCUUGACACAAAUCAUGUAGCUGAAAUAGUACUGGUUUUGGUGGUAUAUUUCUACAAUCACGGUUAUCACAGGGACCCAGUUCUAUGUAGUCCUUUAUUAGUAAUAUAUCUUAAAUAUUUAUUUAAAAGGAAUUUUAGCUCUAUGUUGAACCAAAAAAGUGACAUUUUGUUGGUGAAUUCAUGUGACUUUUCUGAAAUAAAAGUGAUUUCAUUCUCA